AUGUCGGGGAAGGAGGUGUUUUCAGAGAAGCAGAUACAACUGGUAAUCAAGGCUUCGAGAUGGAUUGUGUAUUUGCGAUCAGAUCAGCAUUUAUUUGAAUCCGUGAUAUCGAAGGCAUUACAGUGUUACUGCCAUCUAUGUACAAAAGACAACUUUACGUGUGUGACAGAUGGGCUAUGUUUUACCUCAGUAACACGAACUGCAGACAAAGUCAUACACAAUAGUAUGUGUAUAGCAGAAAUUGAUCUGAUUCCCCGAGACAGGCCGUUUGUUUGUGCCCCCUCUUCCAGAGAUGGAGUCAUUACUGUGCCUCAUUGCUGUGACAGAGACCACUGCAAUAAAAUUGAACUUCCAGUUCCAACACCAGGCCCUACUCCAGGAAAACCAGCCACUAAUCUAGGACCUGUGGAACUGGCUGCUGUCAUUGCUGGACCUGUCUGCUUUGUCUGCAUUUCACUGAUGUUGAUUCUAUAUCUUUGCCAUAAUCGUACUGUAAUUCAUCAUCGUGUUCCAAGUGAAGAAGAUCCCUCACUGGAUCGUCCCUUUAUAUCAGAAGGAACUACUUUAAAGGAUUUAAUUUAUGAUAUGACAACUUCAGGCUCUGGAUCAGGUUUACCGUUACUUGUGCAAAGAACAAUUGCAAGAACUAUAGUACUUCAAGAAAGCAUUGGUAAGGGUCGCUUUGGAGAAGUCUGGAGAGGGAAGUGGAGAGGAGAAGAAGUUGCUGUGAAGAUCUUCUCUUCAAGAGAGGAACGCUCAUGGUUUCGCGAAGCAGAAAUCUAUCAAACAGUUAUGCUACGGCAUGAAAACAUUCUUGGAUUUAUAGCUGCAGACAACAAAGACAAUGGUACAUGGACUCAGCUGUGGUUGGUGUCAGACUAUCAUGAGCAUGGAUCACUCUUUGAUUACCUGAACAGGUAUACAGUAACAGUGGAAGGAAUGAUAAAAUUAGCUUUGUCCACUGCCAGUGGUCUUGCUCAUCUUCACAUGGAAAUUGUUGGCACACAAGGCAAACCAGCGAUUGCCCACAGAGAUUUGAAAUCAAAAAAUAUAUUGGUAAAAAAGAACGGAACAUGCUGCAUUGCAGACCUAGGAUUGGCAGUUAGGCACGAUUCAGCUACAGACACAAUUGAUAUUGCCCCAAACCACAGAGUGGGAACAAAAAGGUACAUGGCACCCGAGGUUCUAGAUGAUUCCAUAAAUAUGAAACAUUUUGAGUCGUUCAAACGAGCAGACAUCUAUGCAAUGGGAUUAGUGUUUUGGGAAAUAGCUCGGCGAUGUUCAAUUGGUGGAAUCCAUGAAGAUUACCAGUUGCCAUACUAUGACCUCGUUCCUUCAGAUCCUUCUGUUGAAGAAAUGAGGAAAGUUGUGUGUGAGCAGAAGUUAAGGCCCAAUAUUCCAAACAGAUGGCAGAGCUGUGAGGCAUUACGAGUAAUGGCAAAAAUUAUGCGGGAAUGCUGGUAUGCCAACGGAGCUGCUAGGCUAACAGCUUUGCGCAUUAAGAAAACAUUAUCGCAACUUAGUCAACAGGAGGGGAUAAAGAUGUAAUCCUGGAUUUGCUACCGAAGAAUACUGUAAAAAAUCCAUAUCUGCACCAGUGGCAUGUUAAGAAGGUUAAUUGUUCUACCUCACUGGGGGAACAGAAGGAUAUUGCUGCCUUUUAGUACUUCAUAGGAACAUCACUUAUUAGGAUUUUGUGGACGUGCUAAACAGUUGUGUUGGGUCCUUUCUGUGCACUAUGAACCUCUUUCCCAGGUUACUUACUAAACAUUGUGUAGUCUAGUUUUAUUUUUAUUAACCUAUAAUUUUUUAUUUGUAAAGUUGAUAGCUGGUCUUAACUUCUAGUUAACUGUGCUACAAACAGGAGGUCACUUCUAAAAUGGAACUGGUUCACUAUAUUCUAGAGUGUAUUGAUGGCUCUUUAAGCAACUUUAUUCCUGGCUGGUACAUUGACUAUUCUGAACCACUGUCACAGUUCUUUGAUUCAGAUUGUGAAUGUACUGUUGGAGUAUACUUUGCUAGCUAUUAAGGUAGUAUAGCAUUUGGACUCUUACCUUGAUUUGCAAAUUGACCUCAUUCAGUUGUGGGAACAUAAUUUAUGCAACUAUA